GCGUGGCGAGACCAGAGAACCAGUUUGUUGCAUCAUGAUAUGAAUAAUUAUUCUUAUGAACAUCAAUGUUCAUUGCAUUAUUCAUAUGCUAUUUCUGCACUGCUGGCACUGCUACACGUGUUUUACAUACUAAAAAUUAAAGAAAGUCUCAAAAAUAUUUUAAUGUUAUUAAAAAAAACAUAGAAACAAGAUGCGGCUGUCCAUGACAUAUUUCUUAAACAAAGUACGGCCACAUGGAAAGCUUUUCAGAGGCAAAAAUCGGAAAGUGAAGACCAUAAGUAUGAGAGAAAUUCUUGAUCUGAAAAAGGACUUUGAGAGAGAAGAAAGGAAUAUGCUAUACUUGCGACAUCCUUAUUUAACGUCGGAGCAAUCAUAUGGCCACAUGAAAGAAUUAAAAGCGCAAAGACCUCACAUUAUGGAAAAGUAUCAUGAAUAUAGAGUUCAAAAGUUCUCCAGACAAUACACUUUUGCUGAUGCACUGAGCCACUUGCGAGUUAAAGAGGCUUGGGAUUGAAAAACAAUUACUUCAAAUGAAUAAGUAAUAUUAUAGUUUAUUUCAGUGUAUAUUUAUUCCUCUUAUAAUAAAUACAUGUAAUUAAAAGUA